AAAGGUAAUAAGCUGAUUAUGUUGGUCAUGUUAAAUUCUGAAAAACCUAUCGUUGAAAGCGGAAAUCGUUUUCCACAUCAGUGUUUUACUUGUUGCUAAUUGGUCAGGGAGGAGGAAGUGACAGGAUAAAGCAAUGUUAGCUCGAUUAGCUAAAUCCCAAGAGGAAAACGUUUUAAAUUCAAUCUAAAAUAAGUGGGUAACUAAUGUCUCAGUCUCCUCGAGUGUCUUCGGGAGGUUUUCGCUUCUGUCUGUGUUCUAGCCGAAGUUUUCAGUACAUAAAUGUAAUUAGCUUUCAUUAGCUAAGUGAAAGGACUGUUAGCCACCGUGGAGCUAACGCAGCUAAAAGCAGAAAUCAAUGUUUUCGAUGUUAAACCUUUUAAAAGUUUAUGGUUCAGUGAGACUGUGCGGGGAAGACCACAUCGUCUGUGGACACCACCUCUAAGCCUUGUUGUUCAGCGGUGGACCGAGAAACUUUGGACAGUUACAGAGUGGAUACAGGACUUCUGACCAAGCCAGUGGAAACACAUAAGAUUCAUCUUCUAUGGCUGAAACCUCGAGCUACUAGAACAUGUGAAGAUUGCAAACAAGGACUGUGAAGAGGAGAUUCCCAAGUGUAGUGAUGAUGUCUGAUAUGGCGAAGGUUGAAGCAGAAGACCCUGAAGGGCUCAGUUUGGAGCCUCCCAUACCUGCAGCAUCCACAUCAGAACUGGAGCAGAAACCAAACGGCAAUGAUCUCAUUCACCAGAUGUUUGUGAUUAAAGAGGCUCCGUAUGACUGGAGCUCCAGUUUGGACCAGCAGGACCCAGAACCCCCCCACAUAAAGGAGGAAGAGGAGGAGCUGUGCUGCAGUCAGGAGGAAGAACAACUUACUGUGAAGAGUGAAGAUGAUGAGAAACCUCAGUUAUUAGAGCUUCAUCAAAUCAAAACUGAAGACAACAGUGAACCAGAAGCUCCAACCAAAAGCUCAGCCGAACAGAUGGAAACAGAACCUGAUAAAGAGGACUAUAGAAGACCAGAACCGAAGUGGAGCUCAGAUCCAGUAUGUUCUUCUCAACAAAUUAAGAUGCCUCAGAUUGGAGUCCAUGCAGGGGAGAGACAAUUAGGUUGCAAUAUUUGUGGCAAAAGAUUUAAAAAUUACACUGCUUUUAAAUUACACCUGAUGAUUCACACUGGAAUGAGACAAUAUGGCUGUGAUUUCUGUGGUAAAGGAUUUGAUGAAAAGCGUUCUCUUCAGACACAUAUGAGACUCCACACUGGAGAGAGACCAUUUACAUGUGGAGAUUGUGGUAAAAAGUUUCAUGCAAAACCAAUUCUUAAAAUGCACCUGAAGGUCCAUUCAGGAGAAAAACCUUUUUUCUGUUAUGUUUGUGGUACAAGAUUUAAAACCAAGGGAACUCUAACAAGGCACAUGAGGAUCCACACCACAGAGAAACCAUUUGUAUGUCAUGUCUGCAGUAAAGGAUUUUCACUACAACAUCAUCUGAAGAGACACAUGCAUGUUCACAGAGGAGAGAAACAGUUUGUUUGUAAUGUUUGCAGUGAGGGAUUUUCACAGCAAAUUCAGUUGAAGAGGCACAUGCGUGUUCACACAGAGGAGAAGUCAUUUAUUUGUAGCAUUUGUAGUAAAAGAUUUUUAAAACAAGAGACUCUUAAGAGACACAUGCAUGUUCACACAGGAGAGAACCCAUUUAUAUGUUGUGUUUGUAGUAAGGGAUUUUCAAAACAAGAGACUUUGAGUGGACACAUGCGGGUUCACACAGGAGAGAAAAUGUUUAUGUGUAGGGUUUGUGGUAAAGGAUUUACACGACAGCAGAGUCUGAAAAACCACAUGGAGGUUCACACUGCACCGUUUAGCUGUAGCGACUGUAGUAAACGUUUUGUGAAGGAAACACAGUUAAUGCGACAUGUCAGACUCCACAUAGAGGAGAGGCCGUUUAGUUGUGAUGUUUGUAGGAGCAGAUUUAAUAAAAGGCUUCAUCUUGAAAAUCACAUGAGAGUCCAUUCAGGAGAGAAGCCGUUUGUUUGUAGUGUUUGCAGUAAAGCGUUUUCAAGACAUGGAAAUUUGACGAGACACAUGGGUGUUCACGAGGAUUGCAGGUCAUUACUUUAAUUGUUUUCUGUGGAGGUACCUUCAGUUCACUUUUCUGCCUACCUUUGAUUUUCAUGCUGAUUCCUCCACAUUAUGUAUAUUUCAACAGAAACAAAUGAGUUGGAAAAUGUGUAAAAUAUUGGAGGGAUUUGUUGGGCCCAGCCAUGGGAGGAGAAAAAAGGACUGAACCACACACAGAGAACAAUAGAGACUGGUAAAAACUCUGGAUCCCAGAAUGCCCGGUUUAACUCAUUGAAAACCAAAAGAUCCUUAAAAGCCAGGCAUCAUGCUGCAAUCCAAGAAAUUCAAGAACAAAUGAGAAACAGUAACUGAGAUAUAUCAGUCUGGAAAACGUUAUAAAGACAUUUCUAAAGCUGUUGGACUUCAGUGAACCACAAUGAGAGCCAUUAUCCAAAAAUGCAGAAAAUAUGGAACAGUAGUGAAACUUUCCAGGAAUGGCCGAACUACCAUCAGUUGUGCAGGGAUGACUCAUCCAAAAGGGGCUCAGAAGACCUCAGAACUGCCGGCCUGUCUUGCCUUUGUUAAGGUCAGUGUUCAUGAUUCCACAGUAUGAAAGGGACUGCACACAAAUGCCCUGCAAAGCAGUCCCAAGACGAAAACCACAGCUGAGCGAAAGGAACAGAAAGGCUCAUCUCAGUUUUGCUAGAAGACAUCUUGAUGAUCUCUAAGACUUUUGGGAAAAUACUCUGUGCAUUAACAAGCGGAACAUUUUGGAAGGUGUGUGUCCUAUUACAUCUGGAGUAAAACUAACCCAGCAUUUCAGAAAAGGAACAUCAUACAAACAGUAAAAUAUGGUGUUAGCAGUGUGAUGGUCUGGGGCUGUUUGGCUGCUUUCAGGACCUGGAACGCUUGAAUUCUGUAACUAUGAAUUCUGCUGUCUUAAACAUUCUGAAGGUGGAUGUCAAGCCAUCUGGCUGUGACCUCAUACCUAAGCGCACAUAGGUUCUGCAGCAGGACAAUGAUCCAAAACAAACCAGCAAGUCCAGUUCUGAAUGGCUUAAGAAAAACAAAAUAAAGACUUUUGACCUAGUCAAGGUCCUGACCUGGUUUAUCUAACUAAUAUAUCAUGAUAAGUGAUGAAACCUGAAAUCUAACUUCAACUCAAAGAAAGUUUUGAGGGGAACGAAACUAUGAGUGUUUGUUGCUCUCAAGGGUUUCCUACAGAAUUUGGAUUUGUAAAGUCCUGGAUUACCUUUUAAAAGAAAAGUUUUUAAAAGGGUAAAAGGGGAAUGAACUUCUAAUUAUCUUCCAUUCACAAGCUCUGACUACCACGAACCACCAAGAUAAAUGACUAGAAGAGCCUUUCUUUGGUCAGAAAUUACACUUCUGUGGUCAGAUCUUUUUGAGAACUGAAUACGGACCUCAUCAGGUGCAGGUCUCACAUUCACCUUGUUUCAAUAGGUCUUGUUUAAACACACACUAAUGUUACUGUAUAAGGUAGAGAGGUUCUGCUCAAACAGAUCCGGGCCCAGAUCAUUGCAUGUUGAAGGAUCGGUUUCAGAGUAGCUAAUGCACUUAAAACCUGAUCUCUGUUUCGUAGCUGUCUAUUGUUUCAGUUUGGCUGUAUUUGAUACAGAGGCAGUGAAACAUUGUGGUGGAACCUCUGGGAAAAACAGUUUGGUGUUGAAUGUAAAGAAAAAGUCAAAGUUAGUCCUUUGAUCAAAAUAAAAUCUGAAAGUAUUAUUAGAAUUGUUGAUUGAGUUUUAGUCGGUUUAAUAAAAACAUACAACCCCAUCCUCUGUAAAUAAUAAUUGGUUUGGUAAAUAAACAUUAAAUGUCUUUGUUUUAAA